AUGCUCACAAAACUGAUCAUUGCACUCAGUAUUCUUGUCCUCCACAUGGCACUCGGCGCCGUCGUUCGGGAGUCGACCGAUCGAGAAGAAUACGUCCCAGUCGACUGCUCAACAUUGAAUGAAUGUGGUGGAAAUUGGGCUUGCGUCGAGUAUCUGAUGGCCCUUUACCGUCUUGAUUGUGUCGCUGGACCAGUCUCGAAGAAGUCUCCAUUCGUCAACGGUGGUGGAAAGCGUGGUGGAAUGAAGAACCUUCAAAAGAUCUUCCUGGGAAGCUACAUGUCAAAACUUCGUUGA